AUGCCGAUUGAGGAUAGGUCAAUUCCCUACCACUGGGAUGAAGAGCCGGUAAGUUUGAGCACAACUAACUUCAGUUCUUGGUAUGUUAUUUAUUUGUUACUUUAUUGUUUAGAAAAAUAAGUUCAGAAAUUAGUUGGCUGCAUACAUUUAUCCGAACUUGCAAGACAAAUUUUGUUGAAAGUAAAAUACAGAUAUUCAAAUUUUUCCUGAUUCCAAGUGACUUCAUGAAUUAACUUUUGUUGCAAGUUUAGCAAGGAGCGUAGCGAUCAUUUUCGACUCGGCUCCUUUGCUUUCCCAGAUUUGGAAUUCGAUAACAGAAGGAUAGACCACACCCUUCGGCAAACCCUGUAAAAGAAAAACUGGACCAAAGCUCAGAACAACAACGAGCUGCAAAACGUUGAUCAGAAUUUGGGAUUAAUAAAUACGGUUUUUACGUCACAUUAGGCAAAAAUAUUUAAAUCAAUCCAUGAUAUUGUAGAGAUCUUAACACGGCAAAGCUUGUAUGAUGUUGUACCCCUUAUUAAAACACAUUUCCAGGCGUAAAUAUGUUCUUCUAAUCCCUUUUGAAAUUACUGAAAAUGUGACAUUGCAGUUCUCGUAAAGUAAUCACAUCCUGAACAUGUGAGAUAGAAAAGAAUUUUCACCAAUAUUUUCUGAGCUCUUAUUUUUUCUCUCGCUUUUUCAGGGACAAGGGCCUAUAAAGAGUUUUGAUGGAGUUUACCGCCAGUGGUUUACCUCGAGACAUCGAGUUUUUUCUCUGAAUAAAGGCGGUCAGGUCCCUGGACAUUGCAUGAAGAUAGACGGAAAUACCGUGAGCGCAGAUGCAAUCGAAAAAGACGAGAGAGGUAUCUACUAUUUAGAAACUCCUUCUUUAGCUCCAGCCAACACUCUUAUGCAAGGAUAGAAAGGCCAAAAGUUCAAGUAAGACACAACGAAGGAACGAUGCUUUAUCAAAUCAAAACAAAAAGAAAAUUUAAUUUCCUAGUAUUCGCUCCAGACAUUCAGGCAAGCACUAUUUUCAUUCUGUUAUUUUUACGUCAAAAAAAUUCAGUUCUGAAAAGUGGCUCAGAAGAGCCCAAGGAGAAUUGAUCCUCUUCCUUAUGAAAUGUCUGCCCCAUAAACCGAGCAGUGUUUUCAUUUCAUUGUGAUUUUCUUUUCUGUCCUACAGUAAAAUUUCGUUUACACAAUUUCACGGAGAAUAGGAACGAGACGUGGUACGACUAUUAUAUUAUGGAGAAUCAGAUCAGUGAAGGCUUGGUGGCCAUAAACCCAGAGGAUGACACUGUCACUGUUAAGGUACCACUCCAAAGAAAACGUACACCCAUUAAGUAAAAGCGUCUAACUUCAAACGAUAAGAUUUCAUUAAAUGAGUUACAGCUAUGAUAAGUUUUUCGCGUUUUCGUUUUACGAGACAUUUCGCAGAGUUACUAUUAAGAAUGCUCACACUCUGCAUGUACCAGGCACUUGGCAUGUACCAGGCAUUCCGCAUGUACCACGUGCGGACCACGCCUUUCUUUGAGCGUGUGCCGCUAGAAAUUAAUGGUCAAACCUUUCGUGUAAAUAUUUUCAUAGGAAAUAGCAAAGUUAUAAUUAACGGGGAAAAGUACCAAUAACUCAGUUGUUCUAUUGCCUUCCAAUUUCCAAAAAAGAGAAACUGGUGCAAAUGAAAGAAGAAUUGUAAAUGUUCGUACCCUAAUUGAAAUCACUGCUAAAAUGUAUGAUCCACCUCCUCUCAAAGCUACACACCGUUCCCCAGGCUCCCUGAACACGAUGAUUAUGACCCCUCUCCUUAUAUCUUGUAUCUUGUUCAACAGCAUGCAGAUGUAAUAGGCUUCAGGACCAUUGCACAAGUGAGGAAAGCCAACCUGUUAGAUGUGAUGUUCAUUAAGCAGCAAAAAAAACCUUUGGAUGACCAGUUUUGGUUUGAGUCGUGUAUCGAGGAUGGGAAGAGGCGUGUCCUUGGAUUUGACCAAAAUGGUAUACCCCUGAAAACUACUGAGGUCGAAGCAGGUUCGAAAGAAAGUCUACUGGAGAUGAAGCGAGUCUUAAUGGCGGAACCAUGA